GCCAGUGCAAUCAUGUAUGUAUAUGGUAAUUAUAUUUGUUUUCAAGAUACAAGACAGGGCGGUGUUUCACACACACUGGGGCAAUUUUAAUCAAAGGGGACAAGGACAGUUUUCCAUAAAAUAACCCAAACUCCCAUUCAGUUGCGUAGAGGCUUCUGGAAAGUCUCUGUUGAGAAAUUACCUCAUUACACAUUUCCAGAAGGCUAUUUUAAGUUGAAUUCCUUUAAAAAGAUUAUGAGUAAUGAAAAAAAAAUGUGUAACCAGUUCCCCACCCCCUUCUGUACUCUGAGCCUUUCAAUACCUUAGGUUUCAUUUCUCUGUGCUGCUUUCAGCGAUGGCGUCUUUUGAUCUUGAAGAUGAGCUAAACUGCCCCAUCUGCCUGAGCAUUUAUACCGAUCCUGUAACCCUGCCGUGUGGGCACAACUUCUGCCAAGGCUGUAUUGGGAGCGUGUUGGAUACCCAGGAGGGAUCUGGGGGUUAUUCCUGCCCUGAAUGCAGACAGGAGUACGAGGAGCGCCCUGUCCUGCAGAGGAACAGAAUACUGGGGAACAUAGCAGAAGGCUUUCUCUCGGCUCACCCAGAACAUGAUGGGACUGGCAUCUUCUGCACUUACUGUGACUAUAAUGUUCCAUCUGUCAAGUCCUGUGUGCAGUGUGAGGUCUCCCUAUGUGAUGCCCACUUACAGAAGCACAACAAGUCAGUGGAACACAUCUUAAUUGAGCCCACUGCUUCCUUCAGCAGCAGAAAAUGUUCCACCCACAACAAGCUCCUGGAGUAUUACUGCUAUGAGGAUGGGGCCCCUAUCUGUUCAUCCUGUUGCCUGGCUGGAGAGCACCGGGGCCAUGGGGUGGAGCUGCUGAUUGAGGCCUCUGAGAAGAAGAAAGAGAAACUGAGGAAAGUUCUGGACAAACUGAGGCCAGAGAAAAAGAAGACUGAGAGAGGAGCCCAGAGACUGCAGGAGCACAGGAGAAAAGUGACAGAAAAAUCAGCUGGUGAGACAGAGAGAGUCACUGCCCUGUUUAGAGACAUCAGGGAACAGCUGGAAGCCCUAGAGAAGCGACUACUGAGUGACAUCUCCAGCCAGAAAGAGAAGGUCUCUCUCCCACUCACUGAUCUGAUGGAGCAGCUGGAAAUAAAGAAGGACGAGCUGUCCAGGAAGAUCCGUCACAUUGAGGAGCUGUGCAACAUGGCAGAUCCACUCACUGUCCUA